AUGAAGUUGGCUCAGGCCUACGUUUUGGGAGAGCCAAUGUACUUUGUGGCAAAGCAAGCUGAUGGCACACACAUUUCUGCAGAUGAAAGGAUUUACAUCAAUCAGUGCUUUAUUACUUCCUCUCUUGUUCCUUCAAGUCCUAAACAUGUGGUCAUUGAUAAUCAUGGGUGCAUGGUGGAGGGUAAAGAAUCUGCGGCGGCGAGGUUCCUAGCAGGGCCAUCAAGGCUGACUCAGAGAUUCACAAUGAAUGCUGUCCUUGUGCAUGGAAUAUCAUAUACUCCCAGCACAAAGCACCUUUACAUGCACUGUGAUGUCACUGUGGGUAAACACCCUCAAAGUGAACAUUUCAAGGCAUGCAAUUAUGACCCAGGCACCAAAACUUGGAAAGAACUGUACGGCUAUGAUUCGGUGUGCGCUUGCUGUAAGUCGACCUGUUCUCACGGGCCACAUCUAAGGGCAUCUAGGAAUAUGGUCACGAGUCAGCCUUGGAACGUCAACGCGGAGGACUUGAAGAUGAAAAAGUUGGCCAACAUUGAGACUGACGAUGAGGACAUGAUUAUUGAAUGGAAUAAAUUGGAGGAUGAUUAUUAA